GGGCGGUGUCAGCAGUAAUGAUUGACAGUGAGCACGCCCUCUAACUGCGCAGAAAGCCUUGAAGAGAUCUUAAUGGGCGGGGACUUCUUGGAGUGGCAACCAGUCUAGCCAAUCGCAAUGAAGUUUGGCAUGAAAGGCCCCGGGAGGAGGUGGUCCCUGCCUCGUCGUGUGGCGCGGCCGGCGGGAGAGGUGGGAUUCCUGGAUUGCUUCGCCUACGGAGCCUUGGGGAGACAGGGGAUAGUCCUGGCGAUUACAAGAGGCUGCUGGGACUGCGCCCAGGGACGUGUCAUUGCCGACUGUAUACCGGCCGGGACCGGAGCCUCCCCCCUCCUCGUGCGCAACGCCGCCGCGUCAGGCGCUUUGUCUGCAUCCCAGGCGGGUGAGGCGGAGACACGAGUAGGAGGAGGGAGCUGGGGAGCGACCCCACAGGGUGGAGGUACGGGGUACGGAGCAGGACAUCAAAUUCAUCCAUGUCUCAGAGGUAGACUUCGAGAAAGUUUGGAGAAACUGCUAAAGGAGGGGGGCGGGGCAUCCAGCCCUGUCCUCCUCCUCUCUGGAGAGCAGCAUCUUGUGUCCUCGGACCCCCGCCCCCAGAGAGUGUAUGUGGGUUUGUCAUGAGUCCGGCCAGCUGCUCCCAUGUGAACAGCUUUAAAGUAGAGAAUUGGAAGCAGAACCUGCGUGCUAUAUACCAGUGCUUUGUGUGGAGCGGGACACCUGAAACCCGGAAAAGAAAGGCUAAGUCGUGUAUCUGUCACAUGUGUGGUGCCCACCUGAACAGGCUCCACUCUUGCUUAUACUGUGUGUACUUUGGCUGUUUCACUAAGAAACAUAUUCACGAACAUGCAAAAGUUAAGAGACAUAAUCUAGCCAUAGAUUUGUUGUAUGGGGGUAUAUACUGCUUUAUGUGUCAAGAUUAUAUAUAUGACAAAGACAUGGAGCAAGUUGCCAAAGAAGAACAAAGAAAAGCUUGGAAAUUACAAGCUUUUGCUCCAUCCUUGGUUUCGCCUUACCAGUAUGCAAUGACAGGUGUAGGAGAAAAGUAUUCAACAUGGGAGCCAACAAAGAGGGAACUAGAGCUGUUACGGCAUAACCCCAAGAGAAGGAAAAUCACCACAAACUGCACCAUAGGUUUGCGAGGGUUAAUCAAUCUCGGGAACACAUGUUUUAUGAACUGUAUUGUUCAGGCACUUACCCACACUCCUCUGCUACGAGAUUUCUUCCUUUCUGACCGUCACAAAUGUGAAAUGCAGAGCCCAAACUCUUGCUUGGUUUGUGAAAUGUCUACGCUCUUUCAGGAGUUCUACUCUGGGCACCGAUCUCCACACAUUCCAUAUAGGCUUUUGCACCUUGUAUGGACACAUGCACGGCAUUUAGCAGGGUACGAGCAACAGGAUGCACACGAGUUUCUAAUUGCUGCAUUAGACGUUCUGCACAGACAUUGCAAAGGUGAUGACAAUGGAAAGAAGGCCAACAAUCCGAACCACUGUAACUGCAUUAUAGACCAAAUUUUCACAGGAGGCCUCCAGUCUGACGUAACCUGCCAAGUGUGCCAUGGUGUUUCCACAACGAUAGACCCAUUUUGGGACAUCAGCUUGGAUCUGCCAGGCUCAUCGAGCCCCUUUUGGCCACUGAGCCCAGGGGGUGACAGUGGUGUGGUGAAUGGGGAAAGUCAUGUGUCUGGAACGACAACCUUAACAGACUGUCUGAGAAGGUUUACGCGGCCAGAGCAUCUAGGAAGUAGUGCCAAAAUCAAAUGCAGUGGUUGCCAUAGUUACCAAGAAUCUACUAAGCAGCUCACUAUGAAGAAACUGCCUAUUGUGGCUUGUUUUCAUCUCAAACGGUUUGAACAUUCAGCUAAACUAAGGCGGAAGAUCACAACGUAUGUGUCUUUCCCCUUGGAGUUAGACAUGACACCAUUCAUGGCCUCUAGCAAAGAGAGCAGAAUGAAUGGUCAGUAUCAGCAGCCACAGGACAGUUUAAACAAUGACAAUAAGUAUUCCUUGUUUGCAGUAGUUAAUCACCAGGGAACCUUGGAGAGUGGGCAUUACACAAGCUUCAUCAGACAACACAAAGACCAGUGGUUCAAGUGUGAUGAUGCUAUUAUCACCAAGGCUAGCAUUAAAGAUGUUCUAGAUAGCGAAGGGUAUUUGCUUUUUUAUCACAAGCAGUUUCUGGAAUAUGAGUAACUUUAUCAGCAUUUGUCUGAAAUGUGAAUAAAACAUAAAUCUAAGCAAGACUUCUCCGAUGACCCACACACAGACCUACCUGAAAUUUUCAGACAAAGCUGACAUUAGACAGGAGUAAUGCCGGUGUCGCACCUGCCCAUUGUGAUUCUUGAACGGGUGGAAGAACUAUUAAAGUGGCUGCACACAAAACGGAAGCGCUGAACAGGAAUGGGGCAGAGGGAUUAUUAAAGUCUGGUACUAAACAUCUCUCAUCGUGCUUCUGGGAUUAUGUAUGGGAAGGCUGGGAGGGGAGGGGGGAGAACAUCUCCAGAUACCAUCACAAAAUAUCCUCUCCAUUUGGUGCUUGAAUUGCAUCUGACCAAACAUAUGGCUGUUAUGAUCAAGGAAAGCCAAGCCCAUCUGUUACACAUUGGACUGAAAGUUUAAGGAAAAAGUCAACCAGGUUGGUAUCUACGAAUCAAGGUUGAAAAAGGCAUAAGAGUAUUUUGCAAGUAUCUCUAUUUGUGAUUUUAGUUGAAAUAAAUACAGUAUGAAACUACUAAGCUAUCUGUCUUUCUCAGCCAGCAUUAAGAAUUCCUGGAUUGUGGACAGAUUCUGCAGUUACUGGGGACUUAUACUUUUCCUGUGUAUGUUUAUUAUUUGGACUGCUCCUGAGAACUCAGGAUGUUUGUUUUUUUUCUCACAAAUGUUUUAUUUGUGUUUUUGCCAUUGAAUUGCAAUUUAUUUUGUCUUUUCAUGAAACUUUAUUUCAUUAAUGCAGUCAUGAGUAAAAAGGCAAGAAAUGAGUUUA